CCACACCAUGUCCACCACCACCUCACCAUCCAACAUCGACCUUCUCCUCUUUCUCACGCAAGUUGAACUUCAACGCCUCUCUGCUCUCUCUCUCUCUCUCUCUCUCUCUCUCUCUCUCUCUGCAAAUGUUGGUCGAGCGAGAAAUCUAAGAAGAAGAAGCUCCCAAUUCUCUUAGUUUCUCUCUCUAUAGCUCUCUCAAAGCGAGAGACAGGAAGAGAGAGGGACAGAGAGGAAGACUGGUUUAUCCAGUUUCCGGCGACUUAAACGCGGAUUUACGUCCCCAAUUUCUGCAGAUUCGAAGAAUCUGAACCUCACCCACUUGAAAUUGACUCGUGGAUUUUGUUGGGUUUCUCCGAAUUUCGCCAGAAACCCCGAUAUUCGUACGAUGUUUGGGUGUGGUUGCGACUGCUUUUACUGGAGCCAGGGCUUCUUCGAGUUGGAAACCGAAUCGCCUGAGCCAAAGCCCUUUUCGCUUCCGUGUCCUCUUCCUCGUUGGCCACAAGGUCGAGGUUUUGCCACAGGAACGAUAAACCUUGGAGAGAUAGAAGUGGUGAAAGUUACCAAAUUCCAGAGAAUUUGGAGCUGUGGUUCGUCCCGUGGGAAAUCAAACUCUGCCUCGUUUUACAGACCCGUGGAAAUCCCGGAAGGCUUCUACUGCCUAGGUCAUUAUUGCCAGCCAAAGGAUCAGCCAUUGAGAGGCUAUGUACUCGCAGCUCGUGCUAGUAGCAAACCAGUCAAUAUCAAGGAUGAUCACACAGAAGAUCUCCCUCCCCUACGAAAGCCCGUGAGUUUUUCUCUAGUUUGGAGUUCGGAUUCAGACAAAAAUGGCGGCGGAUACUUCUGGCAACCUAAUCCUCCGGUAGGUUACAAAGCUAUGGGCGUUGUUGUUACCGAUAGACAGGACGAGCCUGAACCAGAAGAAGUUAGAUGCGUUAGAGAGGAUCUUACAGAGAGCUCUGAAGCCUGUGAUAUGAUAUUAGGUGUCGGUUCUGAUUGCCCUUUUCGUGUAUGGAGCACGAGACCUUGCGAGAGAGGGAUGUGGUGCCCUGGCGUCACUGUCGGGACAUUCUUCUGCUGCACCCACGAUUUGUCUUCUGAAAACGCCCUCGACAUUGCUUGCUUAAAGAAUCUUGAUCCGACCCUACACUCGAUGCCGAAUCUUGACCAAGUUCAUGCACUUAUUGAGCACUACGGGCCAACGGUCUUCUUCCAUCCCGAGGAGACCUACUUGCCUUCUUCCGUGCCGUGGUUCUUCAAAAACGGAGCUUUGCUCUACCGACACGGGAAAUCAGAAGGUCAACCGAUCAACUCCACGGGCUCGAAUUUGCCUGCAGGAGGGUUAAAUGACAGUGAAUACUGGAUAGAUAUGCCCGAAGAAAAGGAAGCAAGAAGUAACCUCGAGAAGGGAAACUUGGAAAGUUCCGAGCUUUACGUCCACGUGAAGCCAGCGCUCGGCGGAACAUUCACCGACAUCGUGAUGUGGAUAUUCUGCCCAUUUAAUGGUCCAGCCACGCUCAAAAUCGGUCUGCUCACCCUACCCAUGAACCGCAUUGGAGAACAUGUGGGCGACUGGGAACACUUCACCCUCCGCAUCAGCAACCACACCGGAGAGCUAUGGCAGAUGUUCUUCUCGCAACACAGCGGAGGUGGCUGGGUUGAGGCUUCAGAUAUUGAGUUCAUCAAUGGCAACAAACCGAUCGUCUAUGCAUCCAAACACGGGCACGCCAGUUUCCCGCACCCGGGAAUGUACCUGCAAGGCUCAGAAAAGCUCGGGAUAGGGGUGAGGAACGACGUGGCGAAGAGCAAGUACGGGCUGGACGGGAGCCGCAGGUACAGGAUCGUGGCCGCGGAGUAUCUGGGCGAGGGAGCGGUGGAAGAGCCGUGUUGGCUGCAGUACAUGAGAGAAUGGGGACCCACCAUUGCCUACGACUCGGCUUCCGAGAUCAACAAGAUCAUGAACGUUCUUCCUCUGAUCAUCAGGUACUCUGUUGCGAACAUUCUCGAUCUGUUUCCCAUUGCUCUUUACGGCGAGGAAGGUCCUACAGGUCCCAAAGAGAAGGAUAACUGGGAAGGGGAUGAGAUCUGUUGAGAGGUGUAAGCCUCCCGUACAGUCCAAAGAUUUAGGGGACGGAAGUCUCUGCCUGGUGGUGAGGGUUUGGAAAAGGACAGGUCUCUCAUUGCAGGGGAUUGAUUAGUUGAAUGUAGUUUUAUCAAAUGGUUGUGAUGGAUAUGUGUAUAAUGGUGUAUAAUAUGGUAUAGCGGUCUUGUUUUGGCGACUUUGAAAACGCUGCGUUUGUAAUGUGGCUGUAGCGGUCGAAGUGGACUGCGUUUGCGAACAGGUGACACUCCACCGGUCGGGAGAUUUGUGUUCCACGAACA